AGUUCCGGAAAUGAACGAAUGACCGUGAACAUUUUGGUAGCCUUUCUUAGCAGUUAGCAAAAUAAACGGGCGUAUUUGGCCUCCAGACACUCASGUAAAACUAUUUGACAAAUAAACGUAGUUGUCACUUGCUUCACCCACAUUGCAAUUAUGUGGUACGAAAUUCUUCCCGGUCUUGGCGUCAUGACUGCUUGUCUCAUCCUUCCUGGGGUUUUCACUGCACAGAUCCACAAAUUGACCAACGGGGGGAAGGAAAAGAGAAUCGCCAGGGUUCCAUACCAGUGGUAUCUGAUGGAGAGAGACAGACGAGUGUCAGGAGUGGAUUUGUAYUACAAAUCGAAGGGACUUGAGAACAUCCACUAAUUCCAGAUCUCACCUAUGAAUGGAAUUCUAAUCUGUCCUAAUUUGUUGUACAUUAAUAAAGUUCUGUAUUGUCUGAAUUAA